AUGGCCGACGAGAACUUGGAUGUCUGGUAUCGCACGAUCACCGCCGCGGUGCAGCUCGCCGUGGCUCGAAGUAUGGGCCAACAUGACGACGUUCUCGUGCCUUCUGGUAGCUCCACCACCCUAUACCGUGACAAGUCGGUGGAAGAAGCACCGCUCGAGGGACCGUCGAUGGGAAUCCCUUCGACACUGAUGCAUGCGAUAUAG